GCUGAGUGACCCGAACCGGAUUUGAUCCCAUUCCCUUCCAGCCUUCCAAGGAGCUCGGCCCUAGCGGACGCUUUGCCUUGCCUAUAUUGUCCUGUCCGUCUGGGUCCGCUUUCUCCUCCGCUCGCUCUCACAAUGGCGCUCAGCGAUGACGACGUCAAGAAGCAGAUCAAGCACAUGAUGGCUUUCAUUGAACAGGAAGCCAACGAGAAGGCAGAAGAAAUAGAUGCUAAGGCUGAAGAAGAAUUCAACAUAGAGAAAGGUCGUCUUGUUCAGACACAGAGACUGAAAAUAAUGGAAUACUAUGAAAAGAAAGAAAAACAAAUUGAACAGCAGAAGAAAAUUCAGAUGUCCAACCUGAUGAAUCAGGCAAGACUGAAGGUUCUCAAAGCAAGGGAUGAUCUGAUUGCCGAUUUGCUGAGUGAUGCCAAGCAGAGACUGGCUAAAGUAGUAAAGGAUACUGGCAGGUACCAGAGUCUGUUGGAUGGAUUAGUUCUACAGGGGUUUUAUCAGUUACUUGAGCCUGCAAUGACUGUCCGAUGCCGGAAACAGGAUCUUCAAUUGGUUAAGGCUGCUGUCCAGAAGAGCAUCCCAGUCUACAAAGCUACUACUAAAAAAGAAGUUGAUAUUCAUAUUGACCAAGAAUCAUUUCUCCCUGAAGACAUAGCUGGAGGUGUUGAAAUCUAUAACAGAGACAAUAAAAUCAAGGUUUCCAAUACUCUGGAAAGCCGGCUGGAUCUAAUCGCCCAGCAAAUGAUGCCAGACAUUCGAACGGCACUUUUUGGUGCCAACAGCAAUAGGAAGUUCAUGGACUAAAUUUCUUCAAGUAACAGUGGAAAUUAUUCCACUGCCAUAGUGAAGGGAAUGCUGGAGCAUCCCUAAUAAACCAACACCCCUCUUAAAAUGUAAUACUCAGUGCUAUAUUGUGUUGCCCUGUGUAUGUUCUUCUUUUUUGCAUACCUGCUAUGCUUAGCCUGACUUAAAGAGAGGCUGGAAGACCUCUCUCCACAGAACAGUGGUGUGUAAAACAGAAAUUGAGACCUUUAGGUCCCUUGAGACAGAUUCCUUGAGCGUCGGUCUCUGCUUUGACUACUUCCCGCAAAGCAUGUCGCCAACCUGUGUUGUUUAUCCAUGGUUUCCUUAUUUAAAAGCUGUUUGAUAUUAGGUUAAAUAGGGGGCAUA